AUGGCAAGCCAGAACAACGACCCUCCGCCAGUUCCGCCUCUAUCUCGAAGCGACACUGUAUUCUCGCAUAAAGGGUUUCGCGUGCCCGAUCCGUUCGCACCGCGAGAGAAACCAGGGAGUUCCUUUGUUCACGCCGUACUCGCUACAGCGCUCUUCCGAUGCUGGCACAUCCUAGUUUUCUUCGGCGCUUGGUCCACCCUCAUUACCGUCCUCAACCACCAAGGGCAUCCCCUCCGCAUUGAAACCACGUUGCUCACAGUGCUUGGUACCGUGCUUGGUUUCGUCAUUUCGUACAGAACGACGUCCUCUUUUGAGCGGUAUAAUGAAGGGAGGAGGCUUUGGUCCCAGAUUAUCUUUGCCUCGAGAAACUUUGCGCGGUUGGUUUGGUUCUUUGUGCCCGACGAGGCUGGGGAGACCCCGGAACAUGCUCAGGAACUCAAAGCAAGGUCACUCGUCGAGAAGAAGACUGUCAUAAAUUUGCUGGAGGCCUUCGCUGUUGCUACCAAGCAUUAUCUCAGGGCUGAAGAUGGUAUCUACUACGAGGACCUUUACCACCUUGUCAAGUUCCUACCAGCGUAUGCGCUUCCUCCCGGCCGCCCCUCAUAUUCCGAUAAUAUCCAGGUCGACCUGGUGCCGGCCUCUCCUCACAAGGAGAACGACGACGACACAACCGCCACGGCAAACUCGACAUCAUUGCCUUUACCGGCCCAAGCCUCGCCCGCAUCUCCAUCCUCAGGCAAAGCUCGCAACCGCAAGUCCUCCUUCCGCAGCGGUUCCAUAAAAUCUCCCAACUCCCGCGUCAGCUUCCACAUUCCCGAGAAAUCAAGGGUUAUCCUUCCCGCUGAAGAGGAGAUGUACUUGUUCCCCGCGUCCAACCCGCCCAAGUACACCAUCUUUGAUUUGUUCCCCUUUUCGCUAUUGAUUGGAUUCUUCAAUACGCGGGGUCAUGAUGUAAAGGGGAAGAAGGCGGCGAGGAUUAGGGCGAAGAUGCGGAGUAAGAUUAUUUCGCAGAAUUUGCCGUUGGAGAUUUCGUUGUAUUUGAGCUCGUAUGUUUCGGCUCUUCAAAGGCGGAAGCAUUGCGAUGUGCCUACAUACAACUAUUUGCAUUACAACCUCAACCUCCUCACUGACAGUCUGACUGGCUUGGAGCGUAUCCUGACUACCCCUGUUCCUUUCUCGUACUCCAUCCACCUAUGGGUGACCACCAUCGUUUAUUGCUUGGCAUUGCCUUUCCAGCUUUGGAAACCUCUUCAAUGGGUUACGAUCCCUGCCACAACGAUUGCUAGCUUCAUCUUCUUUGGGUUCCUCGUGGCUGGUGAAGAGAUUGAGAAUCCAUUCGGUUACGACAAGAAUGAUUUGAACCUGGACCAUUUCACAUCCAACAUCAUCCGCAACGAGCUAAAGGCUGUCACCUCCGCACCUCUUCCAGACCCGGCCAAAUGGGCGUUCCACCCCGAAAAUAACCUGUUGUUCUCGUCUUCCCUUCAUGAUCGUAUUCCUCCGGAGGAUUGGGUCGCACGUGGUCCUGCCGCUAUUGGUGCGACUUUGGGCAGGUUUUAG